GCGUGUGCUUUCCGGUCGCUUCAGUUGAGCCCGGCGGCGUCCAGAGAGGGACAGCUGCCCAUACCGCGCGCUUUCAGGACGCGUGUGGAAGGAAGGAAAGGGGGCUUCGCUCUCCGCUGGGAUACUAUAGGGGAGGCCCCGGUGCUGGAGCCUGCUGCUGCUGUCGCUGCUGCUGUCACUGCCGCUUGUUCUCCCUCCCGCCGGUGACUUCCAGCUCCCAGUGCUGGGGCAGAGAUACGCUUGUAUGCGUGACAAUGGCGCUCUGGGAGGAGGCAGCCAACUCGACUGGCGACCUCGGGCAGGCGGCCGAGGCUCUGAGCCCGGACGGCAGGGUCCCACCGCCAACGACGGAGGCGGAGGCCGAGUUUGGAGUCGACGCGAUGCGGCGACCGGCAGGGCCGGUGGUGACCGCAGCCUUGGCCACGGCCAGGCCUCCGAUCAGGAGGGUGUCCGGCGCCGACUCUAAAGGUGUGGAUAGCAGGGAGGGGAGAGGCGGCAGGGACUGGCCCGCUCAGGGGGGCCCUCAGGCGGACGCGCCGUCGUCGUCGAGCGCCCCCUCUCUGGAGGUCACGGAGCAGCUGAGACUGCGGGCGGUGAGGAGGCCUCCGCUUCAGCCUCAGGGGGGCGCUGUGCCAGACAGGGCUGGCUCGUCCUCCUCAGCUGCCCCGCGGGCCUCCGCGCUCCCGGGCUCCAGACGGGCCGCCGCCUCGUCGUCUUCGCCGCGGCCCCCCGCCGCCCCUCAUCGCUCCAGGGCCGAGCGACGGCACAGAGCCCCUGGCCCCGCGGAGCACCCGGCAGCUGCGGCUCUCUCCCUGGGCGGCCCCUCCUCCUCCUCCUCCUCUUCCUCCUCUUCCUCGCUCGGCACGAGCCGACGAGGCCCCUCCGCCACCCACUGGAACCGCGUGGUGUCUCUCAGCAGCUCCGAGCUCGGAGAGGAGGAAGAGGAGGAGGAAGAAGAAGAAGAGGAGGAAGAGGGUGAACAAGAGGAGGAAGAGGCCGAGGAAGAAGAGGAGGAGGAGGAGGAAGAACGACCUCCACAGCGUCACCCACGCCAUCAAGAACAUCACCACCACCACCAGCUCCAGGUCCAGCCACAGGAGCCACCGGGUCGAGCGUCUCCGCGGCCGGGCGUCUCCCGCUCGUCUCCUUCCUCCGCUCCUCUUCCUCUUCCUCCUCCGGCGGUGGCGGUGGCGGAGCGUCGGCUGAGCAAGAGGGAGCGGAACCGCAUCAAGAGCCUGCGGCGGCGGCAGAGGCGGCGGGAGCGCUGGAGGCAGAGCCAGCUGCUGGAGCAGGUGCAGAGCUCCACGGGGAACCCCUCCAGCAGCAGUGAGGACGAGGACACACACACCAGGGACCGCGAGGGUUAUAUCUGCGCCGUGUGUCUGGACGUGUACUUCAGCCCGUACAUGUGCCACCCCUGCAGCCACAUCUUCUGCGAGCCGUGCCUGCGCACGCUGGCCAAGAACAGCCCCACCAACACCCCCUGUCCACUCUGCCGGACCAUCAUAUCCCACGUCUUCUUCCAGAAGGAACUAAAUCAAACAGCCCGGACCUUCUUCCCAAAGGAGUACUUAUUACGGAAGCAGACCUUCCAGAAGGCCACCUGUGCCAAGUGGCCCCUCCCCAGCUGCAGGAAAAUCUUCAGGAUUUUGGGCGGGUUCCAGAGACAGGCCAGCCCAAUUGGCAGGCGUCAGUUUCCUCACGGCGGCUAUCGUCUCGACGCGCUGGACUUUGAGGAUGAUUCGCGCGGCUGGCGAUUCGACAUGGACAUGGUCAUCAUCUACAUCUACUCCGUCAACUGGGUCAUCGGCUUCAUUGUCUUCUGCUUCCUUUGCUACUUCUUCUUCCCAUCCUCCUAAAGCCGGGCACACACUGUGCGCUUUUUUUUCUUUCUUUUUUUUCCCAAGAUGGCCAUUUUAAAGGUCGGCAAAAUGAGAAAAUACAUUUAGGACACUAGAACUUCCAAUGACAUCAUUUUGAAAAUGCAUCGGUUUACAGUCACUUGAUUCUGAGAAAAAUGUCUUUGCACGUGUAUAAAACAGGCCCAUAUUUGUUUGAUUAUAACAAACUAAUCUUUUAUUGACUUCACAAAAAAAAGGACUUGCAGAGGAAACUUUUGAUGAAAUGCUACUGAAAGACAAGAUCCAUUUUAAAUCCAUAUUGAAAUGUUUUUUUAUAAACAGUUCCCCUCUUGCUGUCAUAGUAAAAUUUCUCUUUGAAUCAUGUUUGAUAUUUUUAAUUGCAUGCAUAAUUUCUUCCUGUAAAAUCUGAAUAUCAAUUUUGUGUGCCUUGUACCUGCAGGUGUUUUCCAACGAGAGUUUAUUUUGUUAUUAUAUCUGCUAUAAU